GCAAAACUUGGGUUAGAGUAAAGCCUUCGAGUUAAAUGUGUUGGUUGUCAGUACUGUUCCUCCUUUGGUUUCGCUUUUUCGUCGGUGGUGUUUCGAACUUAUCGAAAGUGAACAGUAAACCUCAGUACAGUGUUCCAGGAUCUCAUAAUCAAUCAUAUACCGCAUUAACACACUUGCAGAAUACAUUAUUUGAACCUGGAUAUUCAAUCGGGGUCAAGUUUUGUCCGAAUUUAUUACCACAGAAGUCAUCCUUAAGAAACCUUAACACUCAGGUUAUGAAUUCUGUGAUAAGAGGGCCUCACGCAAGCGUUCCCGGUGAACUUGGACACUCCUGGUGUAGAAACAAAGCACGUAAUUGGACAGUAAAAGAAACUAUUCAUUGGCUUACUAGUUACUUCAAGCUUUCAGGAUGUGCAUAUUUGUUUCAGAAGGCAAAUAUUUCAAGAAGUUUACUUCCUAGGAUUUUUGAACCAAAUUUUAUGGAAACUUAUAAUUUAAACUAUACGAAUUCAUCGUGUCCUGGAGUAAUCGAAAAUGUAUUGAAUACUAUUCCUUUCGGUCCUUCUGAAAGAAAUCUUAGUCUUUAUUUGACGGCAGGCAUUUUAACACUGUUUGGAAUAUCGUUUACAUCCAUACUGACCAUUUGCCUGGUUCGUUUUCUUUUAAAACCUGGAAAAUCUACUCUUAAACACGAAAGUUUAUCAAAGUAUCUAACGAUUCUUCAAGCACUUGAAAAAAAUUUAUCCCAUGAAGUUAAAAUUUAUGAUUCAAAAUCCUCUGGUGCCAAUAGUGAUAAUCCAAAUAAUAGUAAUCAGAAUCUUAAUUCCUUUUUUGAUCUAAAUUGGAAUGAAAUCAACAAAACACUUGAUCAAUCAGAAAUCAAUAUGGUUUUUUCUAAUACUCAAUUCUCAACACUUGUUAGUUCACUUCGUGAAAGUUAUAUUAUUGAAAUAAAAUAUCUAUUAGACAAAGUCAAUGAAAUUGAUCAAAGGCUUUCAGUUGCUGAAGAAAUAGUUAUUGAAUCAAAAACAAAGAAGUGUCUGCUAAGAUUUCCAUGUUACAGCAAGAAAUAUACGGAUAAAGAAUUUUAUAUGAUAAUUAAUACAAUAAAAAAUAAGGUUUCUGAUCUAAAGCACCAAGUUAUAAAUCAUAAAAAACGAUGGCGUUGUAUUUUAACGACUUUAAAUAAUUCCUGUACUAGUUUUAAUCCAUUUCAAACAAUUUUUGAAACUGAAACGUCAGAAAAUUUUGAACAAUUUCACUCAUUGUUGAAAGAUACUUAUGAUAAUCCAAAUGAAAUUCAUGAAAAGUUGGAUAAUUUUACUGCUGAAUAUAUUGAAGAUGAAAUUAAAUUAAAUUCAUUGGAUGAAAAUGUAUCAGUAUUUGAAACACUUAGUUUAAACGAUGACUUUCAUGAGGACUCUAAUAAAAAAUCGGACAUUGAUGUCGCCAAAUCUUAUAGUGACAAUUCACCGAUAGACAAUGCAAAUAAACAAAAUUGUUCUGAUUUACAUUCUACAAAAAUUCCUACUUUCAUUCAUUUGCCAAUGUCAUCAAAGACCCCAUCUAAAAAGUGGAAGUCUGGUAGUUCUCCGAAGAAGCAUAGGUUUUUUCAAUCUUCAUUAAAUGGCGGGUCCUUUUCCUCUCCGCAUAAACAACUUCACCUCAGCACUAUGGAUCAUGUGCUACCGGUCGCUCACGCUAAACGUAUAGAUAUAAGCAAUGUUUCUCUAAUCGAUAAAUCAAGAAUAUCAUCUGAAGGUUUUACUGACCGUGCAGCCCCUACAACUGGGUUACGUAAACCCAAACCGAUUGCAAUCUAACUGUUGUUAUCGUAGUUUGAUUGUUUACUGUUUGUUUUAUCCAUAAAUUAUACGAUUUUAUAACAAAUGAAACUAAAAUGCGUUUAUAA